CAGCAUGGCGGCGGCGGCGCGGAGGGUGCGUGUCCUGCGGGUCCCGCUUCCGCCGGUAGCGUUGCGUUGGUGCCGAGCACUCACCGGAGCCGCCGAGCCUCCUCCGCCACCGCCACCACCCCCGCCCCUUCCUCCGGCGGCCCCCGCUGGGGGCCGGGCGCUGGCGGCGGCAGUGGGCGCGGGGGCGGCGGCGCUGGUGUUGCUGUGGGCCCGGGAGCGCCGGCGGCCCGCGCUGAGCGCGGCCGUGCCCGCCCCGCCGCCCGCUCCGCCGCCCGCCUCGCCCCGCGCCGCCUUCAACUUCAUCGCCGACGUGGUGGAGAAAACGGCGCCCGCGCUGGUCUACGUGGAGAUCGUGGGCAGGCACCCCUUUCUGGGCCGGGACGUGCCCAUCUCCAACGGCUCAGGGUUCCUGGUGUCCCCGGACGGGCUCAUCGUCACCAACGCGCACGUGGUGGCCAACCGGCGGCGCGUGCGGGUGAAGCUGGCCAGCGGCGAGCAGUACGACGCCGUGGUGCAGGACGUGGACCAGGUGGCCGACAUCGCCACCAUCAAGAUCAAGCCCAAGGUGCGUGUCACGGCGUGGGGACGUGGGGACCCUCCCUUCGCCCCUCCCGCUCACCGUCCCGCUCCGCAGCACCCGCUGCCCACGCUGCCGCUGGGCCGCUCGGCCGAGGUGCGGCAGGGCGAGUUCGUGGUGGCCAUGGGCAGCCCCUUCGCGCUGCAGAACACCAUCACCUCGGGCAUCGUGAGCUCGGCGCAGCGCGGCAGCCGCGAGCUGGGCCUGGCCGCCUCCGACAUGGAGUACAUCCAGACCGACGCCGCCAUCGACUUUGGGAACUCCGGGGGCCCCCUCGUCAACCUGGAUGGCGAGGUGAUUGGGGUGAACACCAUGAAGGUGACAUCGGGCAUCUCCUUUGCCAUCCCGUCCGACCAGCUCCGGAAGUUCCUGCAAAGGGAGGAGCAGCGCAAGAGCUCUUGGUUUGGCAAUGCAGAGACGAAGCGCCGGUACAUCGGGGUGAUGAUGCUGACCCUCACUCCCAGCAUCCUGGCGGAGCUGAAGCUGCGUGACCCCAGCUUCCCCGACGUGUCCUACGGCGUGCUGAUCCACAAGGUGAUCAUCGGCUCCCCGGCCCAUCAGGCUGGGCUGAAGGCCGGCGACGUGGUGCUGGAGAUCAACGGGACGGCGUCGCGGCGCGCUGAGGACGUGUACGAGGCGGUGCGGACGCAGCAGAGCCUGGCCAUGCUGGUGCGCCGCGGCCACGACACGCUGCUGCUCAGCGUCGUGCCCGAGGUCACGGAGUAGUGGGGACCGCCCGAGGGCUGAGAGCAGGACUGAGCUGUGUCUGUGCCAGCCAGGCAGGGCCUGAGAGCUCAUGCAGGGCUGGAAGGAGCCAGGAGAGGGGCCCGGCCCGGUGCUUGGAUGACUUGUGAUGCAGCAAUUUCCCUGAGUACUCAAAAUAAAGCACUUUUCUAGGG